AUGACGAUUUUCAAUGACAAGGCCUUUUGUGACGACGACCUGGACAUGAUGGCUGCUCCAUUUGUGGAAGGCAGUAGCUCCUCCCUGCCGACCGAACCAGACAUGACAAUGGAGGAGGAUGAUUCCAGCGACGAUGAGGAACUUGACGUGGAGGAGCUGGAGAGGAGGAUCUGGAAGAGCAAACUCCGCCUGAAGCGCCUCAGAGAUCAGCAAGGAACAGCGACAGAUCAUGGACUUGAACUUGCCAGGCAAAGGCAGCAGCACUCGGAAGAACAGGCCAGGAGGAAGAAGAUGGCCAGAGCUCAGGACGGAAUCUUGAAGUACAUGCUCAAGAUGAUGGAGGUUUGCAAGGCUCAAGGCUUCGUCUAUGGUAUCAUCCCUGAGAACGGAAAACCCGUCACCGGAGCUUCCGACAACCUCCGUGCAUGGUGGAAGGAUAAAGUUAGAUUUGACCGGAACGGCCCCGCUGCGAUCGCCAAAUAUCGAGCAGACACCCUAGCCAGCAUGAACAAUGGGCUGAAUGCUGGUGGCCCAACGCCAUGCACCUUGCAAGAGAUUCAGGACACCACAUUGGGUUCGCUGUUGUCAACUCUGAUGCAGCACUGUGAUCCCCCUCAGAGGCGGUUUCCACUGGAAAGGGGUGUGUCACCGCCGUGGUGGCCGACGGGGAAGGAAGAGUGGUGGCCCCAGAUCGGUAUAGCCAGAGACCAAGGCCCUCCACCGUACAAGAAGCCUCAUGACUUGAAGAAGGCAUAUAAGAUUGGGGUUCUCACCGCAGUUAUCAAGCACAUUUCGCCCAACAUUCCUAAGAUUCGGAAGCUUGUGAGGCAAUCUAAGUGCCUUCAAGAUAAAAUGACGGCCAAGGAAAGCGCUGCGUGGAUCGCCAUUGUGAAUCAAGAAGAGGCAUUGGCCCGACAACUUUAUCCUGAUUAUCGUCCUCCCUCAUCUUCCCCCGGCAGCUCUCUACUUGAUGAGGGCAGUGAGUACGACGUUGAAGGCAUCUUGGAGGCUUCCAUUUUAGAGCUGGAAGAUCGUCGGAAGCGCGACAAUUUUAUCAGCACGUCCAAGAUGGACAGAAUGAAGGGAGGCUUGUCACUGCACCAACCAAUGAAGAGGAAGAUUCCUGCUGAGGUCAACAAUAACAAAAUGAUAAAGGAGCCUCAGAUUUUCACAUGCCAACACCCUGUGUGUCCUUACAGCGAAUCUCGUGUCGGUUUUCCUGACAGGAUUUCCAGGGACAACCAUCAGCUCAACUGUCCGUACAAAAGCGUUUGUUCAUCAGAUUACAAGGCUCCAUCAGGUUUAAAUAUUGUUCAGUUAAAGACAAUCUUAUCGUCUUCAUCUUUUGGUCAGCCCAAACCAAAUCCUCAGCCUCAGUCUGUUCCUUUGGCUCUACCAGCACCACCCGCGCAGCCGGCGUUCAAUAUGCCCAGGCUCGUAGUUUCCAACAACAGCCAGAGAAGGAUGACUGAUAUUGUGCCAUUCUAUGGCUCAACCUUCCAGGGCAAUUCCAGCGGCGGCGGCGGCAGCAGCAGCAAUGACAACAACAACUUGAUUUUGAAUACUAAUCUUGUGGCUGCAGAAAAUCAAUUGCUUCCUCCCCAACAGCAGGUGGCUCAAGGACAACAAGAUAAUUUCUUUGGCGGUCAAGCAAUGAUGAAUGUGGGUAGCUUCUUCCAAGAUUCAAGCGUGGCUAAUAACAACAAUGAACUUCAUCAGAUGCUUGUGCCACAAGAAGCUCGUCAGUUUGAUCCCUUCAAGGCUUUGAAUUCUGCUUUUGAGACCAACCACAACAACAUCAUCGUCAGCAGCAAUAUCAGUAACAACCAUAUGAUCAACAACGGCAGCAGCAACAACGUCAACAACAACAACAUAAUCAAAAGCAGCAGCAACAUCAUCAGUGGUAUUGGCGGCAGCAGCAGCAACAUCAUCAGUGGUAUUGGCUGCGGCAGCAGCAGCAACAACAAUAUCAUCAACAGCAACAACAGUAUGAUCAACAACAAUAACAACGGCAACAAUGAUGAAGAUGAUAGCAACAAUGAAGUGAUGAUCAACAAUGAGAGCAAUUUCAAUGUAAUGUUUGGGUCCCCAAGUGAUUUUGGGUCUUUCGAUCUCCGGGAGAAUAUGCAAGGAGCGGGAAUAAUAAUGGAUAAGCAGCAGCCAGACAUAUCAGCAUGGUUCCAGUGA